UAAACAGAGAAGAAGACCAGGAUCUGCAAAGAAUGAGCCGUUUGAAGAUCAGCCAAAAUUUAGGUCAAAUACUAUUAUAAAAAUUAUUUCAGAAAUAUUAGCUACCUAAGGUUAGUUAAAGUUGUAGCUAAGAGCUAAAGAAGCUAUCUAUCGAAACCCAUGGGAAGUCGAGCAGCAGGAAUGUGUUAGCUGGCUAAAUAACUAGCAAGUAGCCACUUUUGGAUAAAAGCAGGCCAGACAAAAAUGUCAAAACACAAAACAACCAAGAAAACGCUAAUUAUUGAAGAUGAUGAGCUAAAUGAUGGUGAAGAUGGACUGAACCCAUUUUCUUUCCGAGAAUUCAUCAGGAGCAAAACUCAAGUUUCAAGCACUGCUGAUGGUCUUGAGAAAACAUUUGAUGGUGCCUCUCAAGGGGAGGAUAAAUAUAAUUACCCCAGAGGCUUUGAUCACAGCCACAAAGGACAUUUCUUCACAGAUCCUUCAGUGCUUGGCCACUCCUUUGGCAGUGAAUCGGAGUACGAAUGGACGGAAAUCUACCAGCCCUCAACUAUUGAGGAGGCUCACGAUUUAGGACUAUGUGGGAGUUUGGAAGGAAGGAACGUUUUGCCUCAUUCAUUGCUGUACAAUGAAGACAAGGAUGAGACAGCAAACAAGUGGGACGUGGGAGAGGGAUUCUCACCAGAGACUCAGUUUUCUAGAAAAAGCACUGGAAGUUAUGAAGGAGAUGAGGAGACAUCAGUCAUCGACGUUUCAUUUCACACUAAGAAGAGCAGCGCUGAGAAUGGGAUUAGGGACCAGCAAAAACUAAGAGAAGAAAAUGCUCAUCUUAGGAAGCAUAUCAAAGUACUUUCAAAGAAGUCAGAGAUGGACUCCAUGAUGAUCAGACAACUCACGGAUGAGUUACACAACCGAAAGAUACAAGAGGAGAGGGAAGCUAAAGCCCUGGAGACAAUGGUUCAGUCAGUGGAACAAAACCUUCAGCUAAUGACCAAACGGGCUGUUAAAGCUGAAAACAGUUUAUCUAAAUUAAAACAAGAAAUCCAGCAACUCCAGAACCAACUAGAAGCAUACAAAAGUGAAAAUGAGCAACUUCGAGCAGGAGAGACUGCAGCCUUAACCACAAUGAGACACAAUGCGCAAGUGGCAUCAGAAUAUCUUAACAAAACAGCCAAAGAUGCUGAGACUUCCAUCAAGCAGUUGUUGACAGGAAGGGAGACACUGUGUCUUGUAUCACAGUUGCUGAGUUCCGUUGACAAGAUCACUGAGUUUCAAAAAUGAUCAUUCGUUUUCUUCAGUAUGUAAUGUCUUUGUCAAAAUAUACAUAUAAUAUACACAUAAUACAUACAUACUGGCCAACUGUCGUGAUUUUAAGGACAAUGUAUGAUAGGUUGGAGGUAUCAUCGGUCUCAUAUUCAUCACUCGACAGCACAGACUGGUAAAUGUGCACUGUGUGACACAAGUGGAAUUUUAACUCUAGUCUCCGAGGUAGAGUGUGCCUCUUCAUUAUAAAAAGUUGUAGUGAAGGAAUACAGGUGAUUUGACUAAGUGCCUUUUAUUUUACCAUAUAUAGCAUUUAAUGGUUUGCUGUAAUCAAACGUCUAACCAUAUGAGCCCAUACAUCCACAGCAUUUGGCUGAAAUUCUUUUGUGACUUAUAUUUGUUAGUAUACAUCAGUGCUCCUUGGGAAUUGAACCCACAACCUUGGUGUUGAUAGCACCUUGCUCUACACUGUACUGUACAAUAUAUCUAAAAUAUGGACUUCUUUAAAAAAAGUUAUGCAAACUGGACAGGUUUAUAUUCACCUGAAUUUAGAAUAACAAAAAAAAAUUAUUUUUGCCUGGCUGAUUUGAUGCAUACAAUGCAAGAUGUUUUCUGAAACUGGUCAUACUGUUUUUGAUGGAAAGAAAAUUAUAUGUUGCACUGCUAUUUGACCAAAGAGUCAAAUAAACCACAUAGUUAUGUGCUAUGAUUUUAUUUUAUCAUCUUUACUCCUGUACAAAUGUAUUUCCUUAUUUACUUCAUUAUAUGUUGACUUAAACUAUAGUAUUGUAUUAAUUUAAUCAUAAACAUGAGUAUGCUAUAUUUUAUUACCUUACUAAUCUGGAAGCUUUUUUACCAAAUAAAAUACCGUUUUAACUAAAGAAUAAAUGAAUAUCAUUUCUGUGUGGUACAAUAAUUUUCUUUUUAUCCUU